AUGUCAGUGAAGAAGGUCAUGAGUUCGGAGGACGAGGUUGUGACGGAGCGGGACGGCGGGUCGAUUUUGUGGCCGGUGAAGGGGACGCUGGUCUCGAUGGUGAUGGACGAAUCGGAAGAGGUGGAGAAGAGGCGAGUGGUGGGGUUGAUUGUGGUAAGGGAUUUCAGGAGAUUGGAGCUCCUGCGAGUCAAAGCCAUCUCCGUCGUUGGAUUGCUUGACCGGUGA